GUUGUCAGAUAACCGCACCUCUGCCUCUUAUCAGCAAAACCGGGGCAUGGACUUGGCUCCGCGCAGAGUGACAGUAUGAGGAUUCUGAGCAUCUGGAUAUCUCUGGUGUUUUUCAUCAAUCAUUUUGAAAUGAUGGAAUCUUCAACGCAGAACGCAACUGAGAGAGACGGAAUUCUUGGAUUUUCGUUAAACAGGUCGAUCUAUGACACUUUGGAUGAAAAUGCUCUGGCUGACUGGCAGACUUUGCUCGGCAAACGAAAACACGGCGCCGAAUCUCAAAAUCCCAUCACGAAAGUUUUACUGAUCAUAGCCUAUUCUUUUAUUAUUGUUAUAUCGCUCUUCGGGAAUACACUAGUUUGUCAUGUGGUAAUGAAGAACAAACAAACGCGCUCAGUCACGAGUUUGUUCAUCGCCAACCUGGCCAUAGCGGACAUCCUUAUAACCCUGUUGAACACUCCCUUCACCUUAGUUCGUUUUGUCAUCAGCACCUGGGUAUUUGGAAAGGGUAUGUGUCACAUCAGUCGCUUUGUGCAGUACUGCUCCUUGCACGUGUCCACUCUCACCCUCACGGCUAUAGCUCUGGAUAGACGGCAGGUGAUUCUGCACCCUCUAAGGCCACGGAUUUCAACUUUCCGUGGCUUCAUCUAUAUUGCAGCAAUAUGGCUGCUGGGUGGAACCUUCUCUUUACCACAUGCCAUUUAUCAGAAGCUUUUUACAUUUGUAUACAGCAAAGACAUCGUCCGCUGCCUCUGUGUGCCUGAUUUUCCGGAACCUUCUGACAUCUUCUGGCAGUAUCUGGACCUGGCCACCUUUGUCCUGCUCUACGUCCUGCCCCUCCUCAUCAUCAGUGGGGCCUACCUGGGUGUGGCACGGCGCCUGUGGCAUCCCAAUGCCAUCGGUGACGUGACAAGCGAGCAGUAUUUCCUGCAGCGGCGCAAGCGCAAGCGCACCAUCAAGAUGCUGAUGGCGGUGGUGGUGGUGUUCGCCGUGUGCUGGUUCCCUCUCAACUGCUACGUGUUGCUGCUCUCCAGCCACUCCAUCCCGUCCAACAACGUCCUCUACUUCUCCUUCCACUGGCUGGCCAUGAGCAGCACCUGCUACAACCCCUUCAUCUACUGCUGGCUCAACCACAGCUUCCGGGCUGAGCUCAAACGGCUGCUGGGCGUGUUUCCCUGGAGGAAGGGGGCUGCCGCCACCGCUGCCACAGCCGCCACCGCCGCUGUGAUACCGCAGGCGCAGCAGCAGGAGCAGAGCCGGAAGGAGGAUCGUCACCGCACCGCCUGGCCCGAGAGGGAGGUGGAAGUGGCCUGCCCCGCCCAUCGGAGCAUUAAGAGUUCUGCCCCCCAGUCAUCAUCUCUUUCAGGGACGGUGGGCGGGACAGACAUUCUCACGGUGGAGCCAAUCAUGGUGGUCAGCUGA